CUGGACUUGACGUCAGUGUGCAGGCGCUGGUCUAUGGUGGGAAUGUACAGGAGCAAAACACUUCACAAAUCCGACGAGUCACGUGAACAUGGCGGAUGGUCUCUUGAAGCCAGGGGACCGGGAAAGGGACUCAAAGAUGUCAACCAUCAUAGUUGUGCACGGUGGGGCGUGGGCCAUACCGGAUGAGCUGGCUGAGUCCAGUGUUGAUGGAGUCAAGUUUGCAGCAUGUGAAGGGUCUAAGGUGCUGAAAGGAGGAGGAAGUGCACUUGAUGCUGUCGAGGCGGCUGUGAGGUCUAUGGAGGAUAACAUUGAGUUUAAUGCAGGGAACGGAGCAACGCUAAAUGCCGCUGGAGAAGUGGAGAUGGAUGCCAUUAUCAUGGAUGGAAAGACGCUUUCCAGUGGCGCUGUGUCCGCAGUGAAGAACAUUACCAACCCUGUGUCACUGGCACGGGCAGUGAUGGAGAAGACCACCAACGUCAUCUUGACGAGCAGAGGUGCAAACCUGUUUGCAGAGAGCAUUGGCAUGGCCACGGUUCCCACUGACACACUGGUGUCUGUGUAUGAGAGGAAAGAGUGGGAGAGGCGCAAGGCUUAUGUUACUGGAGUUAUGGAGGAUUUCAACUCUCAGUGGGCCCAUGAUACUGUUGGGGCGGUUGCUUUGGACUGUGCUGGUAAUGUUGCAUGUGCAACAUCAACUGGAGGGAUCAGACAUAAAAUGGUUGGCAGAGUGGGAGACUCUCCGAUCAUUGGCUCUGGAGGAUAUGCAGACAACUUCACUGGUGCAGUGUCUUGUACCGGUCAUGGAGAGUCUAUCCUUAAAGUCACACUGGCCAGACUCAUUCUUUCACACGUUGCACAAGGUAAAUCACUGGCUGAUUCUUCCCAGUUGUCUCUGAAGUACAUGGGAGACCGUGUUCAGGGUGCAGGAGGUGCUAUUGCAGUUUCUCCGUCAGGACAGUGGGCAGUCGCCUUUACCACAGUGCGAAUGGCUUGGGCAGCAGUGGAUGGUGAUGUUCUGUGUUAUGGAUUAAACCCAGGCGAAAGAUUUAAAGAGCAGUUAGCCCAAUAACCAUUUUAACACUGUUUUUAAUCCUUGAAUAGUGUGAAGCCACAUAAUAAAAAACUAUAUUUCCACUAA